GCAAACAUGACUUCCCUGCUUCUAUUCUUCAUUUCCGUCGCAAGUUUCUGCAAUUUCUUCCAAAGUGUGGAAGGCGUACUACCCAGAGGGAACACGUCGAGCGGCCCUUACUUGACCGACUAUGACUACAUCGUAGUAGGCAGUGGCCCGGGGGGUGCACCUCUAGCUGCUCGUCUCGGCCUUGCAGGAAACAAAGUCCUGGUCAUUGAAGCUGGAUCAGAUGUCACGACAUCAGACUGGAACAUAACUGUCCCAUUCUUCAACGCAAAAGCCAGCGAGGACCCCCGGAUAAACUGGGCCUUCUAUGUGAACCACUACCCCACGGAAGAACAGAACGCAAAGGAUCCCAAGUACCUCUACCAACUUGCGAACGGUACCUUGAUCGAAGGUCCCAAUCCACCAGCUGACGCCACACCAAAAGGCUUUCUCUAUCCUCGAUCUGCAGCAAUUGGCGGGUGUGUCAACCACAAUGCUUUGAUCAUGAUGAAACCGCUCGAUGACGACUGGUCACAAAUCCAAAGCAUCACCGGAGAUGCCGCAUGGAGUCCUGCCAACAUGAGUCCAUAUUUUGAGAAAUUCGAAAACUGUCAGUAUUGUUCAUCAGGCGCAGCCGGACAUGGUUUCAACGGCUGGCUGUCAACGAACCGUGCCGAGGAGUCGAUAUUUCUUGGCGAUCCUCAGGUUUUGAGCAUGUUGAAUGCAGCUUCCACAGUCUCCGCCAACGCGGUAGGAUCUACAGGGGGCUUGAAUGACUCUCUGGCCCGUGACUUGAAUGCGCCGGCAGGUUACCCAACUCACCAGGGGCUCUUCAACACUCCUCUCAACAUGAAUCAAUACCAGCGGAGCUCUCCACGUGACUUUCUCGUGAACACAGUCCAAUAUCUCAAUACGCACCCACGGGUUGGAGGGAAGAUUGACAUUCGAACAGAUUGUCUGGCGACUCGCGUGCUGUUCAAACCAAACAGCAAGCAGGUGAUAGGGGUAGAGUUUAUGGACGGCCAGAGUCUCUACCGCGCAGACCCAAGGGCUACUUCCUCUUCUGCAGGUGUACUUGGCACCGCACUCACCAGGAAAGAAGUCAUAAUCUCCGCCGGCACAUUCAACACCCCGCAACUCAUCAAACUAAGCGGUAUCGGUCCUGCCGACGAACUCCACAAACUUGGGAUCCCUCUUGUCGUCGACCUUCCAGGCGUAGGGCAGAACCUGCAAGAUCGCUACGAAAAUGGCGUUAUCGUUAAUCUUACGAACCCGUUCUCCGUGUUCAAGGGCUGCACUCAGGGCGCAGACGCCUCCGAUCCCUGCCUCGUCGAAUGGAACACCCUGCAGAGCAACAAAACCAAAUACGCAACCAACGGCCGGCCGGUCGCGAUCCCCAGGCGCUCCUCUGUCGCCUUGAGCACCCCAAACGACAUGAUCAUCACGGGCCGCCCAGGCUACUUCGCCGGCUACUUCCCAGGUUACUCGAAAAUCGGCGCGAAAUUCCCAAAUAGCUGGACCUGGCCCGUCCUCAAAGCGCGAACCCAGAACAGAGCAGGGAAUGUGACGUUGGCUAGCAAAGAUCCGAGGGAUGUGCCGAGUAUCAAUUUCAACUACUUCUCCUCCGGCUCAGGAAAUUGGCAGUACGAUUUAGCUGCCACGGUCGAAGGGAUGCAAUUCGCGCGCUCCAUCAUCGCUCAAUACGUCCAGGACACCAAUUCAAUCAUCAACGAACUCGUUCCCGGUCCAGGGUAUGAGACCCAAGAGCAGCUGACGCAAUGGGUUAGGGAUACGAGUUGGGGACACCAUGCGUGCUGUACGGCGAAGAUUGGUGCUGAUAGCGACAAGAUGGCGGUGCUGGAUAGCAAGUUUAGGGUCAGAGGCACGACGGGGUUGCGGGUCGUGGACGCGAGUGUCUUCCCGCAGAUUCCGGGGUAUUAUAUCCAAACGCCGAUUUAUAUGGUCAGUGAGAAGGCGGCGGAUGUUAUUUUGGGGCAUUGAGAGGGGCUGGGAGGAGUGGCCUCUGGAGGGGGGUGCUUCGCUUAAUUACAGUAGUAAUUUGAAACACGAUGAAAAUUCAACUUAUCCUUGAAAGUAAUCUUCAUUUUAUGGGAAUCUCAAAGACAUUCCCUACUGUUCAAUCUCAGCCCUUUCUAUUUCUGAUAUUAUAAAUAUGUUCGUUGCCUAGAAGUGUUGACGUGUUUUGGACAAUAAGCGAACCAGCUGGAUGGGACAAGGCCUUCUCGGGGCUCCCACGAUAUGGAAACCCCAAACCGUUUCCCACCAGCUUAUCUUGAUUUGGAGGAUCCAGAGUUGUGUAU